UGCACACUUUACUACUGUACUCAGUUUUAGCCUUCCUGCUUUGCUGAGCGGAGGUGCAAAACCCUAAAAUCCCAAAUUGAAGAAGUGAGCGAGCAAUUGAUCAACCAGCAAGUGUUUCGGUGAGUAGCUUCCUCUUUGCUCCAAGUAGGUCUGAUUGUGUGCUCCAAUUAUGUUUGGUUUUUGCUGUAGAAAAUUGCAAUUACUAUUUCCCAGUUGUAGCUUUGCUGUUGAUUAUUCAGUCACCCAUUUUCAAAAGGCAUCUCAUUUUACAAGAUUAUAUUCAUCAAAAUCAUUAUUAAGGGCCCAAGGUAAAAAAGAUUGCUCUUUUACAGUUUCUUACCUUAUAAAUUCAUGUGGGUUAUCCCCAGAACUUGCUCUCUCUUUGUCCAAGAGGCAUAGGGUACACUUUGAAUCCCCAGAAAAACCAGACUCAGUUGUUAAGCUUUUCAAGGACUAUGGAUUCAGCAAUGCCCACAACUCUGAAAUUGUCAAGAAACUCCCAGAGCUGCUCUUAGUCAGUGAGAAGACCCUUUUGCCUAAACUUGAGUUCUUGGGUUCCAUUGGAAUUACAGGCACUCCCCUGGCUGAGACCCUUUGCGGCAACCCAACUGUGUUGAAAAUGAGCUUAGAGAAUUGUAUUAGACCUUGUUGUGAUAUCAUCAAAACUCUAGGUAUCCCUUAUGGAAAGGUCCCUCGUUUCAUUAAGAGAUCGCAGUGGUUGUUUAAGGUCAAAGUACUGAGCAAUGUUGCUCGCAAUGUUUCAGUACUGAGGUCACUAAAAGUGCCAGAAUCCACAAUCGAUUUGUGUAGGCCCCACAAUCUUGUUCCAGUGUCCACUGAUGCCGAUGAGUUUAAUGAAAAUGUCAACAAGGUCAUCAGUAUGGGAUUUCCUCCUUCAAGCUGUACAUUUAUGAAAGCACUGUAUGUGAUUUCUAUGAUGGAUGAAUCAAAAUUGGCACAGAGGAAGGAGUUUUAUAGGAAGUUUGGUUGGACUGAAGAUAAUAUAUUGUUGGCAUUUAGAAAGAAUCCCAUUUUUAUGUCCAUUUCUGAGAAGAAUUUUUUGAGUAAAAUGGAUUUUCUUGUGAACAAAAUGGGUUUACAGCCGGCUGAUGUGGCUGGAUAUCCCAGUGUUCUAACUAAUAGUUUGGAGAAAUGGAUCAUAGCUAGGUGUUCAGUUAUCAGAGUUCUGCUGUUGAAGGGCUUAAUACGGAAGGGACAAUUUUCUUUACUUGGUACCGCGUUAAUGGGCAAUAAAGACCUGUUCUUGCAUAGAUUUGUGAACAAGUAUCAAGAGCAAGUACCCGAAUUAUUGAGCAUCUUUCAAGGAAAAAUUGGUCUUGCAGAACUGGGCUUAGGAUUUGAGGAAAGAGAUGGAGUGAAACAAAUGUAGGACAAACUUGUUAUUCCCAUUCGAUUUUUGAUGAUUAAGAGGAUUAUAAGAACAUUUUUUCAAUGAUUUGAGUUCUGCUGCCACAAAUAGUCGAGUUCUUCUCAGCUUUGUCAUUACCAUAAGCCUUUAUCUUACUUUGUAUUUCCUUAUCAGCAGUGAUUUUGAAACCUUUAUGCACACAACUAUGUGGUUUAUGGUUUCUUUAUCUGAGAGAUACAUGCUUAAAAGGGGAUGUGUUGCAGUGUAAAUUGGCACUUGGAUUGGAUCUCACCCAUGAAAAUUUGUAUUUCAAACUCCUAACUGUGCAUGAAGACAUUUGCCUAUAUUUAUGGUGGUUUCUUCCCUCACUUGUUAGAUCUAUUUUUGAAUAGCAUCUAUUGAAAACAUGUCUUAUAGACUGUCCCAUAUAAUUUUUGCUAAUGUGAGCAUCCAGUCCCUAUUGUUUUGUUGUAUAACCGUGCACUACAUUAGUGAUUUUACUCUAGAUUUUUUUUAUUUAUUUUAUUUUUAUUUUUUUGACAUUCAAUUCGAUGAAAGCUAAAAGCUGAAAAAAUAAAAAGCCAAGUUUGAUUUCUAGAAAAAUAUUCAGGUUCUUUGUUGAAGCAUUGAGAUUCAGGUUCUAAUAGCAUGAAUGGCAGAAGUAAGGAACACCAUAAGAUGUUUUCUUUCAUUUCCUGAACUCUGUAUUUGUGUCCCUCCAUGUGUAGUAAGCAGUUCUACUUAUAGCAAGCAAACUGUCCUUACACUAGUACAUAUUUGCUUCCCAUGCAAAUUGGAAGCCGCCGAAUCAACAUUGUCAGGACAAUGAUGCCUCAACCAAAACCCUGAACUUACUCAUCUACCUAAACUAGAUGCCUCUAUAGUACAGGCAAUUUUGAAAUAGGUGGUCAUGAGACUCGAGAUCUUUAGUAAAAGAAUAGGUCAUCUUCCAUCUUCCCAGCUUAUCAUUUUUGUUUUUGUUUUUUCUUUACUUAUGUAAUAUGCUAAAGAGCACCUGCACCAUGAUUUCCUGCUACUUUAUAUGUUGCUCUACUGGUUUUUCUGGUUUUGUGUUCUCAAUUAUUCCAGGUUACUUUCAAAGGUUAUUCUCUCUGAUAAGAUAUAAUCUCUGAAUUUAGAGUAAGUUGGUAGUUGGUUUAUUUCUGCAGUUAUGUGGCUUUUCAUUCUAUUUACAAUAUAGAAAUUUUGGGUCUAUGGUUGAAAGUUUUGUUGUUGUUUGAGAAGUGUAGAUGGACUGAAAAAAGUGUACACAGGGCAUUUAAAUGUUCAAGUUCUUUCCAUAUGCUUGAAGUUAUCACUAUAUGUAGAUGGCUGGUAUGUCAGCCUCCGGCUAACCCUAUUUCAUCAGGCAUUAAGUUGUUUGGAGAAGCAGAUCAUACGUAGGUGUUCGAGUUCUCCUAUUCAAGGGCUUAAUAACAAAGGAGAUUUUGCUUUAUGUACUAUUACGAACAGAAGUGAGAAGCCCUUCUUGGGUAGUCACGCAAUCAGUAUCAAGACCAAGUGCUCGAAUUAGUGAGGAUCUUCUUUCAAGAUAAAGUCGGUCCUGCGGAACUGUGCUUAGAAUAUGAGUACAGAGCUGGAGUAAAUCAGUUCCAUAAUGAAGCUUGUUACUGCGAUAUUAACCAUGGAUUUUGAGAAAAAAUGUGGUUCUUGUAUGGAGUUAUGCCAUAUGUGGUUUUAUUACAUUGAUAAAAGCACACUAGUGAUAUUACAGAAGGCAUAUUCUAUCACAGAUCAGAAGCCAGAGCUUCCCUGGUGAAGUAUAUGAACAAAUUUUAAGAGAGAACAUCCAAGUACAUUUGGCCUUUUUUGGUUGGAAGCAAGAAAAUUGCAUAAUAUUAAUCAAUCGAGAUGUUCACAUCAGAUAUUUAGCACAUCUAAAAGCCACUGUUGUCCAUCUUUGAAAUGCUAAAUAGACGAGGACAUUCUUAGCUAAUACAUUCGUUGCCUGAUAAUAGUAAAAGGUCUUUCACCAACCAAUCAGAAUCAAUACAAUUGAGACCGCUAACAAUUCACGUAAUGUAAUAAAAUGUAUCGUUUCAUUGUUAAGCAAACCAAAAUACUAAAAUUACAGUUAAGUACAUAUUUUUCACUAGUUAAGAGAUCAAGUGGUGAUUUGACUGUUUUGGGGGCACUGCAACGUUAUUACUGUCAAAUUCUUAUCCUUGUGUGAAAAGACUAAUACCCCUUUUCAGUCUCGCAUACAGCUAUCUGUACCCUUCUAGUUCUCAGUUCCCUGCUUUGGUGAGCCGAGGAGCAAAAACCCUAAACCCCAAAUUGAAAUUGGAAGUAGGCGAAUCGAAGCGAAGCAGAGAAACCUCAACUAGUUGAACUUGCUCUCUCUUUGUCCAAGAAGCGAGGAGUGCACUUCAAAUCCCGAGAAAAACCAGACUCGGUCAUUAAGCUUCUGAAACACUAUGGAUUCAGUGAUACCCAUGUCUCCCAAAUUGUUAAGAAACUCCCAACCCUUCUCUUAGUCAAUGCUAAAAAGACCCUUGUCCCCAAACUUGAGUUUCUUGGUUCCAUUGGAAUUACAGGCACUGACCUUACUCGGCUCGUUUGCGGCAGCCCAAAUGUUUUGUCCUAUAGCCUCGACAAUAAUCUCAGGCCUUGUUACGAUGUCAUCAGAACUCUACCUAUCGGUGACGAAAAGGUUGGUCUCUUCAUGAGGAAUUCGUGUCGGAUACUGAAUGUCAAAGCACUAAGCAAUGCUGCUAGCAAUGUGUCAUUUCUGAGAUCACUUCAAGUGCCAGAAUCCUCAAUCACUUUGUGUGCCCUCUAUUAUCUUAUUGCAGUAUCCCGCGACACUGCCAAGUUUAGGGAUUAUGUAGGGAAGGUCAUCAGUAUGGGAUUUAUCCCUUCAUCCACAACCUUUGUGAGAGCCGUGUAUGUGAUUUCUAUGAUGAAUGGAUCAAAAUGGGCACAAAGGGUGGGAUUUUACAGGAAGUGGGGUUGGGCUGAAGAUGAUGUACUGUCUGCGUUUAGAAAGAGUCCCACGUUUAUGUUCUUGAGUGAGGAGAAUGUUUCCAUUAAAUUGGAUUUUUAUUUGAACAAAAUGGGUUGGCAGCCAGCCAAUGUAGCUCAACAUCCCGCUGUUCUAACUUAUAGUUUGGAGAAGUGGAUCAUACCUAGGUGUUCGGUUAUUAGAAUUCUGCUGUUGAAGGGCUUAAUAAGGAAGGGAGAAUAUUCUAUUGCUUCCAUGAUGUUCAGAAGAGACCAGUUCUUGGAUAGGUUUGUGAACAAGUAUCAAGAGGAAGUACCUGAAUUAUUGAGCAUCUAUCAAGGGAAAAUUGGUCUAGCGGAACUGGGCUUAGGAUUUGAGGAAAAAGAAGGAGUGAAAGAAGUGUAGGACUAAGCCUGUUUUUUUUUUUUUUUUUUUUUGAUGAUUAAGAGGAUCAUAAGAACCAAGUUUUUAUUGUUUGAGUUCUGCUGACACAAACAAUCAAAUCUUGUGCUUGUACAUUACCAUAGCAAUAAUUUUACUUUGGUUUACCCUGCCAA